AUGAAAAAGCACAAUAAGAUGGGUAUGUGGUGUCUACAUGAAGCAGGUGAAAAUUACGCUUCUAAUGAGGAAUUUGUUUUUACUGUGCAAAUGGUUGCUACAAAAAGCAGAGCAUUAAGACGGGAACAACCCUUCAAAACUUUCGUCUACCUGUUUUCAUCCAAUUAA